AUGCGUCUUAUCGUUCUAUCCUCCCUCGUCGCCUUCGUAUCUGCUAUACCUUUCUUUACCCGAGCCGAGCGGCCAAUCUACUGGCUUCUUGCAGGCGACUCAACUACCGCGCCAAAUGGAGGAUGGGGUGACGGUUUUCUUUCUACCACAGUUGCAUCGGGCUCAUCUGGCCACAACUACGGUCACAGUGGAGCGACGACGGCAUCUUUCCGAGCUGGCAGUGAUUGGGGGAAGGUAGUCAAGGAUAUUGGAACAUAUAAGGAUAAGUAUGAUGUAUAUGUUACAAUCCAGUUCGGACACAACGACCAAAAGAACACCUCCGGUGUCUCCGUCGAAGAGUACAAGACCAAUCUUAAGAAUUUCGCAUCCGAAGCCAAAUCGGCAGGAGCCAUUCCUGUUCUUCUCACGCCUCUAACCCGCCGAAACUUCAACGGCGCCAAAGUCACCGAGAAUCUCGCCGAACAACGUGCUGCCACUAUCUCCGUGGCCGAAAGCAAUAGCAUUCGGUACAUCGACUUGAACAUUGCUUCUGAGAAUUACGUCAAUGCGAUUGGUAAGACAGCCGCAAGUAAGUACAAUCUUGCUUCGAAUGAUUGGACGCACUUGAAUGAGUGGGGUGGGGUGGUUUUUGCGAGGAUUGUGAGUGAUUUGCUGGUGAAGAAGUUUCCGGAGUUGGAGGGAGUUACGAAAGCGAAUGCGACGAUGAGUGCGUUGAUUGCAGAGGGGAAGCCAGCGUAAAGAUAUGGGGGAACGGACAAUGCCUCGAACUUGGUUUGCA